AUGGAUCCUAGUAAGGUGAAUACAAUUCUCGAGUGCCAAAAGCCAAAGACAGUAAAGGAGGUUGAAAGUUUCUUGGGGCUAGCAAGCUAUUAUAGACGGUUUAUAGCAGGAUUUGCUCAGUUGGCUAAGCCGCUUACAGCUCUUACUAAACAGAAAACUCCUUUCAUAUGGUCGGAUGCCUGUGAAGAAAUUUUUCAAGAGUUAAAAAGAAGAUUAACCAAAGCUCCUAGCCUAGUAUUACCACAGGAGGGUGUAGACUAUGAUAUUUAUACAAAUGCCUCACUUCAAGGAUUUGGUGCAGUGUUAAUGUAG